AUGAAAGCCAUCGAACCUCAGAAUGAAUCACCUCAGCUGUCGCCCAAGAAGUAUAGGUCAAAUCCAGGACCCUACGGACUGAGCAAAACGUGUCCCUCUCAUGUCUCUGAUCAGACCAUCACCCCCCUGAACGACACCAAGCACCUACUGGUGUCAGCCUUCAUGGACCAGAGGGUGAAAGGCUUUGAUAUACGCAUCAUAGGCAUCUUCUCAAUAGACUCCAUCCAACCUCUUCACUGUUGCUUCUGCUGUGAAGGUUUCUUGUCGAUCACAACUCCAGCAAGCAUUUUACAACAUUCAAACAAAUUUGGAUUUCCCUUUGGCACGACAGAUGUCAUGUGUCCGAUUCCUGAAAACUGCAACGCCACACAUGUCACUCUUCUGACUCAGCCAGAGAGUGGGAUUGCACCUAAACAGAUUUGGCUCCCGAUAAGAAACAGAAAGACCAACAUGGACGAGAAGGAAAAGUUGCAGUUUAACUUCACAGUCUGCAUCUCCAACCUGUUUGGAGACUACAACAACGUGCUUCAGUUCGCCCAGACCCUGGAGAUGUACAGGUUGCUGGGUGUGGGCAGAGUGGUGAUCUAUAACACCAGCUGUGGCCCAGAGCUCGAUCGUCUGCUGCAGAUCUACAGCCAGGACGGCUUCCUGGAGAUAGUUCAAUGGCCCAUCCACCAACAUCUGGUUCCAUCUACAGGUUGGCUCUUCUCAGAGCACGGAGGGGACGUGCACUACUUUGGCCAGUUAGCCACGCUGAAUGAGUGCAUUUACAGAUCCAUGGAGCGCUCACGCUACGUCUUGUUGAACGACAUUGAUGAGAUUAUAAUGCCUUACCAACACGACAACCUGAUGUCUAUGAUGAACAUGCUCCAAGAGCAGCAACCAAAUGCAGGGGUGUUCGUCAUAGAGAACCAUUUCUUUCCCAAGAAACCCUUUGAGGGAGACAAACCAGGUCCACUGCCUCAAUGGAGAGGGGUGCCAGGCUUUAAUAUUAUGGAGCACAUCUACAGGGAGGAGCCGGACAGAACCAAAUACCUACCCAACAAGUUGAUAGUUAAGCCAAGGGCGGUGGAGCAGACCUCGGUUCACGAAGUGCUCAAGCAAUUCAAAGAAACUUUCAAGGUUCCGUUUGAAGUCUGUCGGAUCAUCAACUGCCGAAUGACGUACCCAAAAUCACGGCUGGAGCAACUCCGUGUAGACACCCGACUGUGGGACUUCUCAGAUGAUCUACUGACCAGCGUGAUGAAGAUGCUGAGGAGAGCCAGGCUGCUGAGCGCAGAGCCAGAGGGUCGACAGAUUGGAUAAACAGGCUGAGUGAAUCCAUUCUCCAUUCUUACCAUAAGGACAAAUAAAAAACGUUUGAAAGAGGAAAGAACAACGCUGAGCUUUUACCUUUUCAAUGGGCUGAGGGACGAUAUCUACUAACUAUUGUAGAGAGCGGGUUGACAACUAAAAGGGGACAAGGGCCCCAAUACAUGAUCUGAUGUAUGUUUUCUUACAUGUGUUUUUGAAGACUAAUAAUUAUGACGACAAUAAGAAGUAUGGGGAGUAAUGGUAGAUGUGAAUUCAUCGCAUUACUGCACACAUAAUAACAAGGGCUGUGCGGGCCCUAGCACUUAAGAACUCUGGACCUGAUGUGGUCGUGGGGGAGGGCAGUCAGGGACCGGGCGAAAUGGCUCAGUGUAGUGUGUUUCACCUCCUGUGUCCGUCAUGCAUUAUGGUCCAUGCCAUCAAGGGCAGACCACAAUGUGAAAAUGUAAAUCAAAAUUAAAGUUGUAAAAUAAGGCUUACUUCUGUUGCCAGUAGGUGGCUCUAGCACUACAUACUCGUGUCAAUCAAUAAAUUUGUUCGGAUUGGGGCUCUGGUAAAUCGUGAGCAAUUUGGGGCGGUGAAGUUGAAAAUAAUUCUUGUUUCGUGGAACAUCAGUAGGUGGCGCUUUGACCUGUCUUAGUUUUGAUAUAAGGAGCUGUUAACCAUUUGCAGUGAUGGAAUUUCAUCAUUCAGUAUUUCAGGUAUUCCACAGCAGCUGAUCAGCAAACCUACAAUUAGAAGGAGGGAUUUAAUCACUGAGAUAGCAGCUACUGUGUGAAUGUGUGUGUGUGUGUUUGGCUUUUCAAAAACCCAUCUGACUUGUUCUGCUCACUGCCACGAGGUCGGGAUGCAGAAAAAAAUCUGAAUUCAUCAGCCUUUUGUUUCCAAGGUCCUGAGAGGUUGUACUUAAUUUCAGCUUCUAAUGCACAACAUGGGUCCAAAAUGACCUAUAUUUAUGCUCUACAGCAGUGGUCACCAACCUUUUCGAGCCCAAGUGGCCACAAAUAUGAUUAUUGCCCUGUAUGAAAGAAUUCCCUUGUACUCAAAUAAACACCAAUACUACAAUGUAUGAAGCUGUGCAUCUUCCGCGCUUUCAAAUAUUUCACAAUAAAAAAAACGUUUUAAACAAGGGAAUGGAUUCCAUUAAAUGAAACGCUGGAGUGCUUUUAUUUUGAAAAGUAAUACAGAAAGUGUUUCAACCAUUUGUUUGUGACAUAAAUUCAUCAGAUAAACAUUAAAAGGGGGUGAGAUCGACUGGGAGAUCGCGAUCGACAGGCUGGCGACCACUGCUCUACAGAAUGAAACUGGAGUUGUGGGACUCUCCUUCUAGGUCAUCAAGGGGCCUUCAGCCACACAUGAGAUAACAGAGGAAAAGGCCAGACGCUCCCGCUAAAUGUGGUUUUCGAUUAUGUUCCAGCCGUCAAAAAUGAAGUAUCGGUUCAGGCACCGUUAAGCCACCUGUAUCGUUUUAAAUGUAUCGGUUAAGCACUGGUAUCGGAAGAAAAAAAAAUGAUACCCAUCUUUAAUCAGAAUACACAAUUGACUAGUGAGUGAUCUAUAUCAGAAUAUGAACUCAGCGAAUUAUACUAAUCAUCAUCCUCAACUUUAUCCUUAGUUUAUAUUGCUCUUGUAAUUCUAAAUUACACUGAUUAAUGUCUUACUACUGUUUUAACAGUUUUGUGUGCAUUUAGCUGAUGCAACCUCAAAGUUCAUGCCCUUACUUGGUGAUUCCACCACCUGUUGACCUUUAUCUGUGCAACUGUGUGCUGGGUUUUAUUAUACUUUCUGUAGUAAGUGAUGUCAGACAGAAGAUGUUUCAUUUCUGCUUUCUUUUUUGUUUGCUUUUUAUCACAUUGAAUA